AUUUUAUUUAUUUUUUUUAUCCUGUAACGCACCGGCAGUACCGUCAGAGGGCGCUAAGUCCAAACGGGAGCAGUUUUUAUAUCAGACACUGGGCAUCAAACCAACGACACCGUAGCUUGCCAACCCUUAUGUCCAUGUAGCUAACCUGGUACACAACACACCUGCCCAAAGUAACUUCGCGUUGAGGAAACUUCUUGUAUUUUCACUGUAGAAAGAAGCGCUUUAAUUGUGGACUGAGCUGAAGCUGUCAUGUGUAACGUCAGCACAGAGAAGAAGAUCCCUAAACAUUAACCGACUCUCAGAAACAACUGACGGUAACUAUCUGCUACAAACACACUUUAUGAGAGGGUCCAUGAGGCUAAAAUGAGGAGGCUGACCAGGAAAAAGGCUCUGACUCUGGUGAAAGAGUUGGACGCUUUUCCCAAAGUUCCCGAGAGCUAUGUGGAGUCCACAGCCAGCGGCGGGACAGUGUCUCUGAUAGCAUUCACUCUGAUGGCUGCCCUCGCCUUCCUGGAGUUCUUUGUGUACAGAGACACAUGGAUGAAGUACGAGUAUGAAGUGGACAAAGACUUCAGCAGUAAGCUGAGGAUAAAUGUUGACAUGACAGUGGCCAUGAGAUGCCAAUAUAUAGGUGCAGAUGUCCUGGAUCUGGCAGAGAACAUGGUUGCCUCUGAUGGCUUACAGUAUGAACCAGUCAACUUUGAGCUCUCCCCAGAGCAAAGAUUGUGGCACAUGACACUUCUGCACAUCCAGGAGCGUCUGAGAGUGGAGCAUGCUCUGCAGGACGUCCUCUUCAAGGCUGCAAUAAAAGGGGCUCCUCCUGCUCUGCCUCAGAGUGAGGGCAGUCCCACGACGCUCAAUGCCUGCAGGAUACACGGACACCUGUAUGUCAACAAAGUGGCCGGAAAUUUCCAUGUUACUGUUGGCAAGUCAAUCCCACAUCCCAGAGGCCACGCCCAUCUAGCUGCACUCGUCAGCCAUGACAGUUAUAAUUUCUCUCACCGGAUCGACCACCUGUCCUUUGGAGAGGUGAUUCCUGGGAUUAUCAGCCCUCUGGACGGCACAGAGAAAAUCUCUGCUGAAUCUAACCACAUGUUUCAGUACUUCAUCACCAUUGUGCCCACCAAACUAAACACCUACAAGGUCUCUGCAGAAACACAUCAGUACUCUGUCACUGAGCGGGAGCGAGUGAUAAACCAUGCUGCAGGCAGCCAUGGAGUGUCAGGGAUCUUUAUGAAGUACGAUAUCAGCUCACUGAUGGUCAAAGUCACCGAGCAGCACAUGCCUCUGUGGCAGUUUCUCGUCAGACUCUGUGGCAUCAUUGGAGGCAUUUUCUCCACGACAGGCAUGCUUCAUGGUGUGGUAGGAUUCUUGGUUGAUGUCUUUUGCUGCCGUUUCCACAUGGGAAUCUACAGACAUCUGAAGGAGGCUCCUCUGAAUGAGCAGCCAAACAGUGAAACCUCGGUUCCUACAGUAAAUGACGCUCAAUAAUGAGUCCCUGCUACUCAGCUGCAGCUGGCUGUGAGCUCACCAUCUCUGCCUAACGCACCAGACAGCAACCAGAUGCUGGGAUUAUGUUUACAAGUUGUUUUAUUAUGGAAUACGUCACUGCUUUGUUCAGAAAUGUGUAAAUAUUUGUGUAAUUUUUAAGAUUUUUAUUGGGUGGGUGUAAGAUUCAGACCUGACUGUUCAUCCACCUGUGAAGGAUGAUUAUCGAUACCUCCACUAACUAUCUGUCUCUUUCACUGGAAAGCUGUACUAGGAGGACUGAACAGCAGUCUAAACACUUAUUAUUAUGUUUUCAAAGAUCUGAGUUGUUAAAUAGACGGUGCCUGUUAGAAAUCCCACGUUACACCCACACAGGUCAUGGUUUUGUAGUUGUGAGUGAGCUUGAUUUUUGUGGCCUCGGGAAAGGAAAAACCUAUGUGGGUGUGCAGGGUGUCAAGGGGAACUGUGUUAAAAGACUUGAAGGGUUUUAAAUUGUUCCACAAGUGUGCCUCUGUGUAAAUCAUUGUUGCAAAUAUGAGGCUAAUUUGUUAAAUAAAAUCCACUUUCAAUUUGA